AUGGCUUUGUGGAACACAGAGACACUUAUCUUCGCUGCUCACCCAGGAAAUGAAGGCGUUAUACACAGGCGAUUCCUUGUAAAACACAUACUAGCCGACUAUGACCCUAACGUGGCACCUGGCGAUUUGGAGAUCAAGCCGACUGAAGUGGGAGUGCAGAUGUACCUACGACACCUCGAUUCAUUUAACGAGGCUACCAUGCCACAUCCUGAGCCCUUGGAGCUGAAUGUCAAUGUGAUGGACAGCUUGUGGGUGCCUGACUUGUUCUUCGCCAAUGAGAAGACCGCCAUGGUUCAUGACGUCACGGUUCCCAAUCGAUUAAUGCACGUGUACAGGAAUGGCACAGUUAGAUACAGCGUGAGACUUUCCAUGAAAUUAGGCUGUGAGAUGAGCUUACAGUACUACCCGUUUGACAGUCAGACAUGCCUUGUGGAGGCUGAAAGUUACGGACACACAACGGAUUCUAUGUUAUUCUCCUGGUACGGAGACAACCCGUUUAUUACUCCUGAUGAUAUGCUCGUCGCACAUUUUCACAUAAUGAAAGUGGACACAAUCGAUUGCACAAGAGGUUAUGGGACAGCAGACAAGUUUACGUGUCUGAGAUCGAAUAUCUAUCUGGAAAGAGACCACGGCUAUUUCAUCCUUCAGGUGUACAUUCCCAGUGCUCUGAUUGUCCUCCUGAGUUGGGUCUCCUUCUUCUUGAACGUGGACGCCGUGCCCGCCCGGAUCUCCCUCGGGGUGCUCACCGUGCUUACCCUCACCACCCAGAGCUCCACCCUACAGGCCAGCCUCCCUCAGGUCUCCUACGUCAAGGCCCUGGACGCUUGGCUGGCCACCUGUCUGUGUUUUGUAUUUGCUGCGCUCCUUGAGUUUGCCGCUGUUAAUGUCCUAAGCAGGCAAAACAAGUCUGAGAGCACCGCAAGCCUUAAACAGGUGAGCUGUGACAAACAUAGCCAGACAUACACGUAG